AUGAACAACUGGAACCGGUGGGAUUAUCGCAAGGCCCAGCCGCCGCUUACGUUCGUUGCUGUCGUCGCACUCGCCCUCAUCGUCUUCGGCUACCUACUUCACGGCUUCUCCUCCUCCACCCCAGCCGUAAUGGUCGCAUUCAAGCUCGCGGACGCAGCCAACCUGCCUGCGCUCACGGCUGACAUGCUGGCCCUCAAGGAUCAGUGCACAAUGCAGGGGAAACCAUACAUCCGUUCCGCGGUGGGCGGGAAGCAGUCCAGCCCCGAAGGCCACGAUGGGGGGAUGCAAGUCGUCUUCCUCGUCGAGUUUGAGAACCAGGCGGACGCGGACUAUUACAUCUUCGAGGAUCCAGCGCACACUGCGUUCAAGGACAAGAUUGCGGGGUGGGGUGUCGAGGGCGUGACGGUGCUCGACUUUGUGCCGGGGUUGUUCUAA